AUGGUAACUCACCAUUUUCUUAUUUCACCAGCACCGCCGACUUCGUGGGUAUCAAAUUGGCAUAACCGUUUUAAACAAGGUCGUCCACCAACCUUGGAGGAUAGUCAAACACAUGAUUGGCAUAGUCUUUCUUUUGACACUCCUUGA